AUGACAGACAAUAACGGCAACCCGGAAGUGCCCGGCCAAAGUCCAGACGAUGUUGACAAAGCCUCGGAUGAGAGCUCAGAAUGGCAAGAUAUCAACGACACUCCCUCAAUAAUAGACUUUGUCACCCUCGGCAUGUUCAUCAUCGAUGAAAUCGAAUACCCUCCGCCCCGUCCUCCAUCAACCAACGUCUUAGGAGGCGCCGGCUCCUACUCCGCCCUCGGCGCCCGCCUCUUCUCUCCAGCUCCGGACCUCUCCCGCACCGUGGGCUGGAUCGUCGAUCAGGGCUCCGACUUCCCCCAGGCCAUCACCGAUCUCAUCACCGGCUGGUCCACCUCGGCCGUCUUCCGCCAUGACCCCACCCGGCUCACCACCCGCGGCUGGAACGGCUACGUCGGCUCCUCGGAGCGCCGCGAAUUCAAGUACACCACUCCCAAGAAACGACUAACGGCCGCCGACCUGGCCGGAACCCCCUUGUUGAAGGCUAAAGCCGUGCACAUGGUCUGCAGUCCCAACCGCUGCAAAGAGUUGGUGGAGGAGAUCAUCACCCUUCGCAAGCGCGAAGCCCGACUUGCUGCUGCCGCCUCCAACAAGAACAACAACAAUAACGACAACGACGACGAUUGCGACGACGUUGAUGACGACGCCAAGGACCCCAACGCCUACACCCGCCCCUUAAUAAUCUGGGAACCAGUCCCCGAUCUCUGCACCCCCUUCGAGUUACUAAACUGCACCAACGCCCUCCCCCUGGUCGAUAUCUGCAGCCCCAACCACGCCGAGCUAGCCGGGUUCAUGGGCACCGACGGCCUCGACCCGGAAACGGGCGAGAUCAGCGUUGAGCAAGUAGAGCGCAAUUGCGAACAGCUGCUGGCCAGCAUGCCGCUGACGACGUACACGCUGGUGGUCAGGGCCGGGGAGAAGGGGUGCUAUGUUGCUAAGAAUGGGGGGCGAAGGAGGAAACAGCCACCUAUGAAGAGGGGAAAGAAGAAGAAGAUGAAGGUAGGGCUGGACGCCCGAAACUUCCACGGCGGUCUACAGCACGACACAGACAUGAUGUCUCUCUUCGCCGGACUUUUGCAAGAUAUGGAAGACCGGAACAAUGAGGAUGACCCGUUCGGUCGUUUCGAUGUCGAGGAGGGGAUCGAGACCGAUUCGGGGAUCGAGAGGUGGCUACCCGCUUACCAUACGGACGCCACAAAGGUCGUCGAUCCCACGGGAGGUGGGAACACGUUCCUGGGUGGGCUGGCGGUGGCGUUGGCGAGGGGAAAGAGCAUCGAGGAGGCAUGUGCGUGGGGCAGCGUGGCAGCGAGUUUUGCCAUUGAGCAGGUGGGAGUACCGGAGCUGGGGAUGGAUGUGGAGGGGAGAGAGACGUGGAAUGGGGAGAGGGUGGAGGAGAGGUUGAGUGGGUAUCUGGAGAGGGUCGGAUUGUUGUGA